AUGGAGGCUCGGUGGGAGCUCGUCAAGCCCCUGGAGGGCACGCAGCGGCCGCGGAAGCGGUACCAGCACAGCGCCGUCGUCGACGUGGCCUCGCGGAGCCUCAUCAUCUUCGGCGGCAUCGACAGGGCUGGCGGAAUGUUCAACGACGUCCGGGCCUUCAGCCUCGAGGCGAAGGCGUGGGCGGUGCUGGGCCAGGCCAGCGGGCCAAAAAACAACGGGCCUUGGCCCUCGUGGCCCUCAGCGUGCUACGGCCACUCCGCGAUCCUUGACUCGGCGGCCCAUGCCAUGGUCAUCUUCGGGGGCUCCGACGCAGAUUGCCGAGUGCUGGGUGAAGCUGCGGCCAGGCGGCCGGCGGCCGGCAGCCAGGUACGGGCAUUCGGCUAG